UGUUCGCCCCCCCCGGCGGCCGCAUCAGAGAGGAGUACUUCACAGAUCGGGACAGAUACAUGUUUCUCAGAAGCUCAGUGUGAAGAAGAAGCUUCUCAUUCACACAACAGGAUAAUGUGGAGGCUGCCGUCGUGACCACAAACAUGGACAGACGUGGUAGUGUGGUGGAGCCGCAGACCGGACUCCCCUCACCCAGUCCACGAGACCGCCUUCUCUCCCCUGACGACAUGGACAUCCAGGGGUAUAAGUUUGUGCGCUGGCGGGUGUGGAUGUGUCACCUGGCUGCCGUGCUGUCCUUGGGUGUCCUCUUAAUAGUGAUCCACUGGCGCCCACGGCUCGGCGUCCUCGCACGCUGCAGCUCCUGCCCUCUGGCUUUAGCUCAUGUUCUGCUAAUAAGAGACAUUUUUGGUCAGCAGCAUGUCGUGGAUGUCCUUACAGAGGAGAUGGAGGAUGACAGUUUGGAGUUGUUGGGAGAGCACGAGGUCACUGAGUGGAGAGAUACAGCUCAGCUGUACCAGGAGAAGAAAACGCUGCUACGCUACUACCUGUUUGAAGGGCUGCGCUACGUCUGGCUGGACAGGAAGGGAGCUUUCUUUCGUGUUAGUGUCCUCAAUGAGGACUGGACCUGCAAGGACCUGUAUGACUUCCAAAAGGGCCUGAGCCACCUGGAGCAGAGCUUCAGGAGACUCAUUUAUGGGUCCAACCUUAUUGAUGUGCCUGUGAAACCUUAUAUAAAAUUGCUGUUUGAGGAGGUCCUCAACCCUUUCUAUGUGUUCCAAUUCUUCAGUAUCACCCUGUGGAUGAUUGACGAUUAUUAUUACUACGCCAUGUGUAUUUUAUUGUUAUCCAUUCUCUCUAUCAGCAUCUCUCUUUAUGAGACGCGUAAGCAAAGCAUCACUCUUCACAACAUGGCCCAGUUAGUCACAAAUGUUACGAUACGCAGAAACUCCGGAGUGGAGGAGUGUGUGAGCUCAGUGGAGCUGGUCCCCGGGGACUGUUUAAUCAUCCCUCAGGAAGGUUUGCUGCUUCCAUGUGAUGCUGCCCUGCUGGCUGGGGAGUGUCUGGUGAACGAGAGCAUGCUCACAGGUGAAAGUGUCCCGGUGCUAAAAACCCCACUGCCGGCUGGUGAGGGAAGGUACAGCUCAGAGACUGAGCGCAGACACACACUCUUCUGUGGUACCCAGCUCAUUCAGGCCAAAGGUGGCAGGGCGGGAAGUGGAGGUGCUAUUGCUGUGGUGACGAGCACUGGGUUUUUCACAGCCAAAGGAAACCUGGUCAGCUCCAUUUUGUAUCCUCAGCCAAUCAACUUCCGCUUCUACCAAGAUGCUAUUAAAUUCCUGCUCAUUUUGGGCUUUUUGGCUUUUAUUGGCACCAUUUACAACUUCGUGGUCCUCUUCAGAGCCAAUGUGUCUUGGGGGUAUUUAGUGAUCAGGUGCCUGGAUAUCGUGACCAUUGCAGUGCCUCCUGCUCUGCCUGCGGCCAUCACCGCUGGCACCAUCUACGCCCAGCAAAGACUGAAGAAACAGGGCAUCUUCUGCAUUAGUCCACCUCGCAUUAAUGUCUGUGGCAAGGUCUCCAUCUUUUGCUUUGACAAGACAGGAACUCUCACGGAGGAGGGCCUGGAUGUGUGGGGAGUGAUGGAGGGGGGACCAUCCGGUUUCUCAGAGCUGGUCCCAGAACCCAGAUUCCUGGCCCCAGGGCCCAUGCUCUCAGGCCUGGCCUGCUGUCAUACUGUGACGCUGAUGCAAGGUCAGCCCAUUGGAGACCCUCUGGAGCUCAAGAUGGUUGAGUCCACUGGUUGGACCCACCAGGAGCCUGAGGGAGAUGGGAAGGUGCUGGAUGCAGAGUUUGGAGGCUACAAAGUUUUGGCUGUUAUGAGACCUCCGACUCAACAGCUCCAAGCUCAAGGAACAUCCACCAGCGAGGCGGUGGCUCUUGUUCAGAGAUUUCCCUUCUCCUCGGCCCAGCAGAGGAUGAGUGUGGUCACUGUGGUCGGUGGGGGUCACUCAGCCCUCGCUUUCAUUAAAGGAUCCCCUGAGAUGGUGGCGAGCCUCUGUCGAGCAGAAACAGUGCCGGCACAGUUCUCCAGUAAACUACGCAGCUUCUCCAGUGAAGGCCUCAGGGUUCUUGCACUUGGCUAUAAACCCUUAGAUAACAACACUGACCCGAGGACCAUUAAACGAGAGGAGGUAGAGAAGGACAUGCAGUUCUUGGGUUUGCUAAUGAUGAAGAACUUGGUGAAGCCAGAUAGUGCCGAUGUUAUCAACAUCCUGAGACAGGCACAACUUCGCAGCGUCAUGGUCACUGGUGACAAUAUUUUAACAGCAGUAAAUGUAGCAAAAAGCUGCCGGAUGGUGGGAUCUGACGACAGGGUGAUAUUCGUCAAUGCCACCCCCCAAACUGCCCAGUCCAUGCCCACCCUAAGGUUCACCCUGGAAGACGAUGUGACAACUGCUGCACAAAUCUCAGUAGAGAUCAACACUUGGGGCCUGUACCAAGGGGGGUCUGGUUAUCACUUGGCAAUUAAUGGCAAGUCCUUUGCUGCGCUUUGUGACCACUUCCCGGAGUAUUUGCCAAAGGUUUUGAUGCGAACCACAGUAUUUGCACGCAUGACUCCUGACCAGAAAACCCAGCUGGUGAAGGAGCUGCAGAAUCUAGACUACCGGGUGGGCAUGUGUGGGGACGGGGCCAAUGACUGUGGAGCCCUGAGAGCUGCUGAUGUGGGGGUUUCCUUGUCUGAAGCCGAAGCCUCGAUUGCUUCACCUUUCACUUCCAGAAACGAAAACAUCAGCUGUGUGCCGCUGCUCAUCAGAGAGGGCCGGUGUUCUCUGGUCACCUCCUUCGGUCUCUUCAGAUACAUGGCCCUGUACAGCCUCAUUCAGUUCUGCUCCGUCCUCAUCCUUCACACAAUGAACACAUCUGUGGCUGACCUGCAGUUCCUGUACUUUGACAUUGCUCUGGUGACCACUCUGGCCAUCGUGAUGGGAAAAGGGGGCCCCAGCAACCAGCUGCAUCCCUGCAGACCCCCAGCCAACCUUAUGGCCCUGCCCGUCCUCGGCAGCCUCUUCAUCCACAGCUGCAUGAUCAUCCUGGGCCAGCUGGCUGCACUCUUCAUCACCACCACACAGGACUGGUAUAUCCCACUCAACUCAACAGUGUUCGGAAUAGACAAUCUACCCAACAUGGAGGACACCAGUGUGUUUGCUUUGUCUGGUUUCCAGUACAUCAUCAUGGCUGUGGUGGUCACAAAGGGCUACCCCCACAAAAAACCUCUCUACUACAAUGUGAUCUUCCUCUGUCUGCUCAUCACCCUCUUCUCCGUGAUGACUUGGCUGGUGUUGCACCCUGGGCCUUGGGUUGGCCACCUACUGUCACUGUACGACAUCUCUGAUAUGAACUACAAAAUGCUUAUCGUCGCUGUGGCUGCUCUCAACUUCCUCGUCUGUUUUGUUGUGGAGGUGCUGAUUGACUUGGGUCUCCUGAACUGUCUUCGGUUGCUGCGUGGGUGGCGUCCGUCCAAGAAACAUUACAAACGUCUGCACAUCCUCCUGUCUAACUCGCCAUCAUGGCCGCCCCUCAAUCAGACACUGUUUCCCACAGAUGACACACUCAUCUGCUUGUCCUAGCAUCCGCUUCCCCUCUGAUGGACACUUGACAGUCAAUAAAUUUGUACAUUACA